AUGGCAGCCGUCAAGCAGCUGAGUGUGGGGAACCAGUCUGUCGAGUCCAAAAACCCCGUGGAUUUGUACCGGUCUCUUUCCAAGAACCAGGUCAUGGAACGCAAAAGACAUGCAACGGCCUCGAUGGAUAUGAGGACGAUUGCGAAGUUCUUGUGCCAGAUGAAGGUCACGAAGCCAGAGGUGCUGCGUGCGACACCAGAAUACAGAGCUCUGCAAGGAUGCGGCCGGUCCCUUCGAGGGAAUCCCGACCCUAUGAGGCUCUUCAAACUUAGCCAGGAGGUCGAUGUGAUCGAUGAAUUCUGGUCACAUAGCUGGCACGGCGAAAGCUGGAAGAAAAUCUUGCUUCUACUCGUCUUGAAGAAUGGCAAGGCUGCCAUGGCUGUGGGAACUCUUGGCGCUGGCUUGGCAAUGUUUCUCUUCAUGGCCGGAAUUCUCCCUGGCAAGUACAAUGCUGGACGUGACUACGAUGCCUUGAACUCCUGCUGGUGCGUAUGGACCGGCAUCCUCUUGGCCUCCGUGACGCUUGUGUUCUGGAAGACGCGGAAGAUGGUGUUUCUGGACCGGGUGUGUGUGAACCAGGUAGACGAGGACGAGAAAUGUGAGGCAGUCCUUAGCAUCGGCGCUCUGCUGAAGUCGAGCCAGGCAAUGCUGGUGCUGUGGGACACCACGUAUGUGGAGAGGCUGUGGUGUGUCUUUGAACUGGCUGCGUACAUCAAGAGCCAUGGCGACAGCGAGAACAGGCAGCCAACGAUUCGACCGACUUUGCUGGGUCCAUGCACAUGUAGCGUGGCUGUGGGCACGGCAAUGUUCAUGCUGGUUGCUCUGAUGGCCCCUUUCGACAACCCGCUUUUGGGGGUGUCGCUGCUGCUCGGUGUCAGCAGCGUCGGCUUUUUCGCCGCUGCGGCUGGCUUCAGAGGAUUCUAUCGAGCUAUUGAGACAACAAAGGAGCAGAUGAUGAACUUUAGUGUUCAAGGUGCAAAGUGCGCGUGCUGUGACAUUGGCCACACAGGCGAGGGCGCGCUGAUGCUCUGCGACCGGCGGAUCGUGCUGUCAUGCAUCGACCAGUGGUACGGCAGCAUCGACGUCUUCGAGGCGUCUGUGCAGUCCGUGGUACGAGAAACAUUGGCCCGACAGUUGGGACAGGAUGUUUUCCCAUAUCUUUGGCUCGUGGGUGCCUCCGUUCCUGUGCUCUGGGGCAUGAUGGACAUCGUGGCCAUACGCGUAGCGGCUGGUGAUAGACAGGCCGCCAUGCAAUAUGCGAUCGUCGGCGUGGUGUGGUGGCUCUGUGUGUUUCCUUUGCUGUUCGCUGGCUGGUCGAAGUUGGCGUUUCUGCUUCGCCACAGGGGCCGCCGAGGAUAUGACAUCCUCAUGAACUUCCUGUGCUGUCUUGCAUGGCCGCCGUUGCUGGGGCUGGUGUAUGCCUUCCAGGAGGCCUGCACCCGCCUGCUGGACGAUGAGGUCCAUGCGGCCCUCGUCUUUGCUACGACGUGGAUCGCCCUGGUUCUGGUGACUCGCGUGUGUCUCCGCGGCCGCCCACUUGAGCCGCCGACAGCUCCGAACGAAUCGGCCAUGCCCGACGAGCCGGCUCCCGAGCCUGCUCCCGAGCCGGACAUCGCCGAGAAAGACGAAGAGGCCACCUGGGCCGAUCCGCAGCGCUAA